AUGCCUAACAGCGAUCGUCAACAAAAGCAUAUUAUCGUUAUUGGCGCUGGAGCCGGCGGAACAGCUACUGCUGCUCGUCUUGCGCGAGAAGGUUUUAAAGUCACUGUGGUAGAAAAAAACGAUUUUGGUGGUGGACGAUGUUCUCUCAUUCAUCAUAAUGGGCACCGUUUUGAUCAAGGUCCUUCUCUUUACUUAAUGCCUAAACUAUUUGAAGACACAUUUGCCGAUUUAGACGAACGUGUUGAAGAUCAUAUUGAACUACUGAGAUGUGAAAACAACUAUAAGGUGCAUUUUGAUGAUGGCGACUCUAUCCACCUCUCGUCUGAUUUAACUCGUAUGAAAGAUGAAUUGGAUCGUGUAGAAGGCCCUCUAGGGUUUGGCCGGUUUUUAGAUUUCUUAAAAGAAACGCAUAUACACUAUGAAAACGGUACUAUGAUUGCUAUUAAACGCAACUUUGAAUCAAUUUGGGAUAUGAUUCGUAUCAAAUAUGCUCCAGAAAUCUUCAAACUGCACUUAUUCAACAAAAUUUAUGACCGCGCUUCUCAAUACUUCCAAACAAAGAAAAUGCGUAUGGCAUUUACUUUCCAAACAAUGUAUAUGGGUAUGUCUCCUUAUGAUGCACCUGCUGUUUAUAGUCUACUACAGUAUACAGAAUUUGCCGAAGGCAUUUGGUAUCCUCGUGGUGGCUUUAAUAUGGUAGUUCAGAAAUUAGAAGCUAUUGCCACGAAGAAAUAUGGGGCUAAAUUUAUCUACAACGCACCUGUCGCUAAAAUAAACACUGACGAUUCAAGUAAAAAAGUAACUGGUAUUACAUUAGAAAAUGGUGACGUGAUCCAUGCCGAUGCUGUUGUCUGUAAUGCUGAUCUCGUGUAUGCUUAUCACAAACUGCUUCCACCUUGCUCUUGGACAAAGAAUACUUUAGCUGCCAAGAAGUUGACUUCUUCAUCGAUCUCUUUCUACUGGUCCCUUUCCGAAAAAGUCGACAAGUUAGAUGUCCAUAAUAUUUUUCUUGCCGAAGCUUACAAAGAGAGUUUCGAUGAAAUCUUCAAAGAUUACAGCCUUCCUUCUGAACCUUCUUUCUAUGUCAAUGUACCUUCGCGUAUUGAUCCUUCUGCCGCUCCACCAAAUAAGGACUCUGUUAUUGUUUUGGUUCCUAUUGGCCACAUGAGGAAUAAGACUGGUGAUGUACAUGAUGAAAAUUAUCCGGAGCUUGUGAAACGCGCUCGUCAAAUGGUUUUGGAAGUCAUUCAACGUCGACUUGGUAUGAGCAACUUUGCUGAUUUAAUCGAAAAUGAAAUUGUUAACGAUCCCAGUAUAUGGCAAAAGAAGUUCAAUUUAUGGAGAGGCUCUAUUCUUGGUUUAUCUCAUGAUGUUAUGCAAGUUCUUUGGUUCCGCCCCAGCACAAAGGAUUCCACCGGUAGAUAUGAUAACCUGUACUUUGUUGGAGCUAGUACCCAUCCAGGAACUGGUGUACCUAUUGUCCUCGCUGGCAGUAAGCUUACGAAUGAUCAAGUAUGUAAGGGUUUUGGCAAGAAACCUUUACCUCGAAAGAUCGAAGAUGAUCGUAAAGUUUACGCACCCGAAUUUGCUAAGACAACUGAUCAAAUCGAAUGGGCUCAAUACUGUGUUGGUAUAUUUAUUGUUAUGUUUUUGUUCUUUUUCCUAUUUCCUCAGAAUGAAGCAACCGGAUUGACACCUGCAUCUUUCAUAAACAACCUACUUCCUCGCGUUUUCCAAGUACAAAAGGAAGAGGCCUAA